AGGGACGGACGGGUUCCAGGGACACACCGGUAGCAGCCUUCGCACCGCGGGUCCCACAGCUGCUUCCAUGCUGAGCCCUUCUUUUCUUUCGCGACAGCCUCCGCCGCUGUUGCUGCUGCUGCUGCUGCUAUCUCCAUGGCCAGUCUGGGCGGCCACCCCCACGGGAACCCCGGGCGCCCGGGACUGCCCUGAGGCGUGUACGUGCGCGCCCGGCGGCCAGGUCAACUGCUCCGGACGUGCGUUGCCCGCGGUGCCCGCGGGCUUGAGCCCGAGCGUACGCGCGCUGUUGCUGGAUCACAACCGUGUCCGCGCGCUGCCACCCGGAGCUUUCGUGGGCACUGGCGGGCUGCUGCGCCUGGAUCUACGCGAGAACGGGCUGCGCUGGGUGCACGCUCGGGCCUUUUGGGGUCUGGGCGCACUGCAGGAGCUCGAUCUCAGUGCCAACCAGCUGGAGGCACUGGCCGCUGGCACCUUCGCGUCCCUGCGCGCGCUGUGCAAACUCUCGCUAGCAGACAACCGGUUGGCGCGCUUGGAGCCCGCGGCGCUGGGCGCGCUCCCGCUGCUGCGUGCGCUCAGCCUGCAGGACAACGAGCUGACUGCGCUCGCGCCCGGGGUACUGGCCGGCCUUCCGGCCCUCAACUCUCUGCGUCUGCGCGGCAACCCCUGGGCCUGCGGCUGCGCUCUACGCCCACUCUGCGCCUGGCUGCGCAGGCACCCGCAGCCCGCGCCAGAGGCCGAGAUGUUGCUCUGCGUGUCGCCGGGGCUCCAGACGCUCAGCCUCUUGACCGCCUUCCCCGAAACCGCCUUCCACCACUGCGUGCAGCCACUCGCCCCGUGGGACCGGGUCGUAGUCUAUACGCUGGGGCCAGUCUCCUUCCUCGCCAGUCUGGCCACCUGCCUGGCUUUGGGCUCGGUGCACACCGCCUGGCGCGCGCGCCGCCAACGCGCCGCCGCCUGCUGCCCGCGGAGACGGCCUCUGAACCUUGGCCUCCGCAAGGCCUCCCCUGCGGAACCUGGGAGCCCCGCUGCCACCGCCCAAGUCUGAGUGGGCCGCUGCUGCCCUCGAAUAUUCCCCCCAUUCCCUGCCCUCCUUCACACUCCCUGCAGGCAUCAACAAG